GUCACGGUUUACCACUGAUAUUGAAAUUCAAGAGUUUUAGAGAAAAGUCUAAUCUGUCUCCUGCCCAGUUAUACCUGUAAAUUGUCCAAUGCCUUACAAAGAAACACCAUGGGGCAUGAUGAGACAAAAACGCACAGCUUCCCAUUCAAGUGUAGCUCCUAGGCAAGAAUUUAGUUGUGGAAAAUAGAAUAUUUAAACAUUGUAUUUAAUACUAAACUGCACCAGUAUCUACAACUAGUAAACUGCACCAAGAAUACCAAUACCUCUAACAACAUCUAACACCACCAACUAACCAGCAUGGAUACCAAGGUUUGUGCACAACCUGUUGAAGAGGACGAGGAGGAAGGGUCUGAGUAUGAAUAUGAAUAUGAAUAUGAAACAGAAAGUGAUGAAGAGGAAAAUAUGGAUGAAGGUAAUACUCUAGAAACAGAGGAAGCAUCGGGAACAAUAAAAAUUCAUCCAGUUGUGAUAGAACAGAUUGAAUGCUCGCCUGAAGAGAUGAUUGAUGAUUCAACAAACCAAGACAUUUUUGAGAAACCGUCCCUAACCAGAGAACAGAUAAGAGCUAUGAAACCUAAACUUCCAGCUUAUAUAACAUCUCCAGAGCCAUGUGAGUUUUGUGAUGAUCCAUGUACAUGGAUUGCAUGGAUGGAAGCACAGGUUAACACAGAGAGAGAUCGCAGGAUGAAACAAAUAUUGUCACAAAAUUCAGAGGAUCCAGAAGUCAACCCUGAGGAAGAGAUUUGUCAACCACCUUCUAUGGAGUUUGAUCAAUCUCCUGUUGUUAAAGACGGUACAAAUCUUGUUGAAACUAAGGGUGAAGAGGAAAUCUGCCCAGAACCUAUUGCUGUGGAUUCAAUGCUUGAAGAAGAAACUCCUGAAAUUAGCGGUCAAAACUGUUCAAUAAAGCGCAAAAGUUUUACAGAUACAGUUGCUUCACCAGCAAAUGUUGAUGCUAUGGAUUACAAACAGAAAGAACAAGAUUCUGCGUCAGAGUGGGAGUAUGAAACUGAUGAAGAACCCGAAGAUGCAAAAAAUGUAGAUGAAAAAAUUGUAAUUGACGUAGUUGAACAUGAACAUGUGGAAACCAUUGAACAAGAAACAACCAACUUUGUGAUGGCUGAAGAUUGUAACAACAAUAAAAAAAUGUCCAAUAAUAAUGAGGAAACUUCAAUGGAUGUUGAGGUAUCUCAAGAACAAAUUGAUAUAACUGACGAAUCUAAAGAUUCAUUUACAGAUAAAUUUCAACCACCUAUUUACAAGAAACAGAUGUCAUGUCCUGCAAUUAGUUUAGUUCCUGAUGACAUACAGAAAAAACUUGACUUUAUUCGCAAAAAGAAAGCUUCCCAUGGUCAGCUAGGUGGGGAAAUCCCAACUAUUUCUCCUAACAAUAGUAUUUUAGAUGAAGAAACUCAAAGAAAACUGUCCUUUAUUCGACAAAAAAAGAUACUUGCGGCCCAGGAAAAUGUUUCUGAAAAUUCAAAUGGAGCUCUAGUUAGGCAAAUGUCAACCCCUGAAAACUGUCCCAGACCUCAGAGCAUGAACAGUGAUUCUAGCUUGGAUGACAUGUUAGCCAGAAUAAAAAUCUUAAGAGAAGAAAGAAAACAAAUCUUACAAGACAUGUCAGCAAUGAAAAAUGCAUUUGAAACAAACGAACCACAUGACAAAGUUGAAAUGAGCAUACCAGAUGAUGGAAUUGCAUCAGGAAAUAAUACUCCUAACAGCGAAAUGUUUCAUAGUUUUCAUAAUGAUGAUACCAGUGGAAAGACAAGCCCAACAAUUUCUGCAUCAAUGCUGUCACGACACUCAAGACGAAGCAUUGAUUCUGGCAUAGGAUCAAAAUCAAUGUGUAGUAUGCAGGACGGGAGUCCCACUGCUGAAAUUGAAGCGCAUGCUGGAAAAUCUACUGGAUCAGCACAUCUUGGUAAUGACAGCUGCGGUAAACGAAAAAUUAACAGGGAUAAAGUUUCCUCUGAAGGGGAAUUUUUUUGCUUCAUAUGUGGAGACAAUUUGGGUAAACUUACAAAAGGAGCAAUCAUGCACAUGGGCCUGGAAGAUGGGGAUCCUGUCUGUGCAGAUGCCCUUUAUUUAACAGAUGAUUCAAAAGAAAAAAUCAGACAGAUUGCAACCACAAAAAUGUUUACCUUUGAGGCAAAAUAUGAUCUUCUUGAGACACUUGAGCUAGAAACAUGGGACAUUGAUUAUGAGAUACCAGCUGGAGAUGUUAUGAAAAAAGUUGAUGCAUUCCUCCUUGAUGUUGAGGAGCAAAAGGUUCGGGACAAAGAAAAGUUUGAUGCAAUGAGAUCAGGAGCUAUUGAUGACGUAUUUAAUGAGGAAUUUGCUGAUUUGAUAAAUAGUAAAUAUUCUAGUGAUACUCUGGAAAAUGAAUAUAUGGAUGAACCUAACACUUCUGAUCAAUAUUCAAAUGUUCCUGCUGUUCCUUCUUAUAGGAGAGAACUUGAGAUGAGAAGCAUAUCUGCUUCCACUGUUCCUGCUCCUUCUCCUCCUCCCCCUCCAGCAAUACAAUCCUCAAUAAAGUCCAACCCUGCAUUAUCGAAUGCCCUUCUUGCAUCCAUUCAGCAGGGUGGUGCCAACCUCAGACACGCAGAGACAAUAGAUAAAAGUGAGAUCAAAGUUGGCCAAGUGAUUCAUAGGCAUAUUGCUCCAAUUGUGUUUAACAGAGACAUUCGCUCUUUGGUUAAAGAUAUAGCAAAGGAUGAUCACAAGAAAAGGUUGAAAAAGGUGAAAACAAAUGAUAAAUCUCAACCUUAUAUUCCUGAUGACGUAGAAAUAUAUUUCUACGCUGGUCCAAACUCCCAGAAGAGCGCACCACCGCCACCUUUAUCAAAAAUAAAAUUUACAUCGUCUUCCUUAAAGCGUGCGAACAUUGGGAUGGAGAAUGGAGUCAGUCCUGUAUACUUGGCGGCCCAGGAAGGGCAUCUAGAUGUGCUGAAGUAUCUCGUAGCACAAGGAGGAGAUGUAAACUGCAGAGCUCAAGAUGGAAUGGCUCCGAUCCAUGCAGCUGCUCAAAUGGGAAACCUCUCUUGUAUCCAGUGGAUGAUUAAUGAACAAAGUGUGGACAUCAAUCUAAAGGAUGGAGACGAAGCAACUCCUUUACAUUUUGCAGCCAGCAGGGGACAUGUUCAAGUGGUUCGUUGGUUGCUUGGCGAGGGAGCAAAGCUAGCUGAAGAUAAGUUUGGAAAAACUCCAAUAAAUGAUGCAACGGAAAACAACCAAUCAGACGUUCUUGUGGUGCUUCUGAGAUAUGCCAGGACACAAGAAGCUGAACACAAACUUGUUCAGAAUCCCGAUAAAUGUGAACCCUUCUAUCUACACACCCCUCCAGCAGAGAAGGAAGAUGAUGAGAGUUCUUCACAUGAAUAUGAAGCAAUAUCUGAAGAUGAACCAGAAGAGGAUUCAAGAACAAGAUUUGUUCCUGCUGGGGCUCCACCCCCUCCCCCCCUUCCACCACCUGAUCUUCUUACACCAGCAGUUAAUAGAAGAGGUCCCGAGGUUAAUAAAGGGGGAAGUAUUAACUCUUUGAGUUCGCUCUCCAGUAAGGAGGAAGAAAACUGUAACGUAUUAAAGCCCUCUGCCCUGACUAAAGGGAAGAAGAGGAAGAAUAUACCGAAGGAAGAAUCAGCUCCCCCUGAGGAUGAUCGUCCUGUUAUCCCUGGAGCACACAUGGUUCUACCCUUCCUUCCACCUAGAUUCACCAGCUUUAAGGGUGAAGGAGACUCUUUGAUAAAACCAAGUGAAUAUCUGAAAUCUCUAUCCAAACCUCAAAGCCUGGACGAAAUACAAGUCGAAGACUCCGAACCUGAAUCUGGAUUUGAUUCUCAGGAGUCAAGUUCUCCUAGUUCUAGUUCUAACAGUCCUAACCAUCCUUCUCCUAGUUCUAGUUCUAGUUCAAACCAUUCUUCAUCUAACACAGCUCUCCCUAGUAAAACUGAACAGAGAGUUCCUCCUCCCCCACCACCUCCUCCUAUGGCAAGGGUACCACCCCCUCCUCCUCCUCCACCUCCUCACCCUGUGUUGACCUCUACAGUGUCUGCUCCUCCCUCCCUCCCUGCACAAAAGGAUAAAGAGGAGAGGGGAGGGAAUCCCUCCAGUAUGGCAAUAUCAAUGAAGGAUUUGCAGUCUGUUCAACUGAAAAAAACCGAGAGUCGACCAGGGCUGGAUAGAACACAUAGUGUUCCUUUACAGAAACUUAUACCUCUUCCCGGAGAAUUUGGAUCUCCUAAGGGAGAUCUAAUUGCCGAGCUUAAACUCUCACACAACGUGGGAGGAGUCUCCAAACUUAAAUCAGAACAGGCAAAGGCCCAGGAAGAAGUUGAAAAGGAACAAUACAGAAAGUUUUUAGGACAGUUCACAGCAGAAAACUUUCUAAAGAAGAUCCCUAUUACUGAUCCUCUCGGGAAUGAAAUCCCUCGGUGGAAGAGGGAAAUGAUGGCUAAAAAGGCUGCAGAUAAAGCUAAAGCGGAUGCUCUAGAGGAGCGGGCUCGACUAGAUGAGGCUCGUCGACUGUCCUCUAUCCCUGCCUGGAAGCGACAACUUCUUGACAAGAAAGGCGACGAUGCUAAAAGGAAUUAUUACACAGCACCUAAAAUAAAGGACCCCCAAGAUGAUUCCGCAGGAUUUUCUGCCAUUUUGGAAGAAAGCGAAGACGACAUGUCACGCAGUACAUCUCCCGCGUUUUUUGAAAUAGCAGGAGAAAGAGACAAUGUAUCGGAGAAAAGGGAUGGCGGGGAUGUUAUCCCUGUAAUGCCUUGGAGAGGUUUACUAAGAAAAGCAAAUAGCAAAGUUAACCUGAACGAGUAAAAUGAAUAUUUUAACGUCAA